GAGCAAUUAGUUCAGUCCAUAGACAGCCUCGCAGCAGCCAGCCUGUCUGGGGUGCUGCUUCCGAUGACGAGCAGCGAAGCGGUUCCAGUUUUACGAACUCUCUUUGGCGUCUGGGCUUUUCGAAGAACUUUCGGCAGCGGCUGGUAGGAGUUUGGGACUGCGAGGCUUUGGCUUUCGCCGAGCGGGUGGCUGGCUGGCUAGCUCCGGGCGUUUUUCUUUCUCCUCUCCCGUCUCGAGAGGUCGCCCCCCUUCUCUUGCCUCGGCGUUUCUUCGUCCGGACCCCGCUCCUCUUCCUCCUCCAUCUUCUCCUCCUCCCACCCUGACCAUGGGCUUCGAGCUAGAUCGCUUCAACGGAGACGUGGACCCGGACUUCAAGUGUAAUCUGUGCAACAAAGUUUUGGAAGAUCCGCUCACGACUCCCUGCGGUCAUGUGUUUUGUGCCGGCUGCGUCUUGCCCUGGGUCGUCCAGCAGGGCAGCUGCCCGGUGUUGUGUCAGAGGAUCUCGACGAAGGAGCUGAACCACGUUCUGCCCCUCAAGAGCCUCAUCCUCAAGCUGGACAUCAAGUGUGACAAUCACGGCCGGGGCUGCGAGCGGGUGGUCCAACUACAGCAGCUGAGUGACCACGUCGAGAUGUGCGACUUCUCCCCGGCCCGUUGCCGGAAUAAGGGGUGCAACGAGGUCCUAAACCUCAAAGACAUGGACAGCCACAUGCGGGAGAGCUGCGAGGCUCGGCCCGUGGGCUUGUGUGAGCAGGGCUGCGGCUUGGUGCUGACCCACCGGGAACAGCGAGCGGGCGCGCAUUGCUGCUUCCAGGCGCUCAAAGCGCACAACGGCGCGCUGCAGGCAAAGGUGGCCGGCCUGGAGAAGGAGCUCAAGAAGGAGGCCCUGAGGGUGGGCAAGCGGGAGAAGUCGCUGGUGGCCCAGCUCGCAGCCGUGCAGCUAGAGCUACAGAUGACAGCGCUGCGCUACCAGAAGAAGUUCACCGAGUACAACGCCCGCCUGGACUGUUUGAGCCGCAGCGUCGCCUCCCCGGUCAGCAAGGGAGAAGAAACGAAGACACUAACGCUUGUUCUUCAUCGUGAUUCUGGCUCUCUGGGAUUUAAUAUUAUUGGUGGCCGGCCAAGUGUGGACAAUCAAGAUGGUUCUUCCAGUGAAGGAAUUUUUGUUUCAAAAAUAGUUGACAGUGGGCCAGCUGCUAAAGAAGGAGGGCUGCAAAUUCAUGACCGGAUUAUUGAGGUGAAUGGAAAAGACUUAUCCAAGGCAACCCAUGCUCAGGCCGUGGAAGCAUUCAAAACAGCAAAAGAGCCCAUCGUGGUGCAGGUCUUAAGGAGAACACCACGCACAAAAAUAUUCACACCUUCUCCUGAGUCUCAGCUGGUAGACAUGAGCACCCAAACUGAUAUCACCUUUGAGCAUAUCAUGGCUCUGACUAAAAUGGGAUCUCCUACCCCACCAGUCAUGGAUUCCUAUCUGUUGCCAGAAGAGCAUUCAUCAACCCAUGAAUACUUUGAUCCAAAUGACUACAUGGGAAGCAUUCAUCAAGAAAUGGACAGAGAUGAGCUUGAAUUAGAGGAAGUAGACUUAUAUAGACUGAAUAGCCAAGACAAACUUGGGCUCACUGUGUGUUACAGAACAGAUGAUGAGGAUGACAUUGGUAUUUACAUAAGCGAGAUUGAUCCCAACAGCAUUGCUGCAAAAGACGGUCGCAUACGAGAGGGAGACCGCAUUAUUCAAAUUAAUGGCAUAGAGGUACAAAACCGAGAAGAAGCAGUAGCACUUCUUACUAGUGAAGAGAGUAAGAAUGUCUCCUUACUUGUAGCAAGACCUGAAAUCCAGCUGGAUGAAGGCUGGCUGGAUGAUGAUAGAAAUGAUUUUCUGGAUGAUUUGCACAUGGAUAUGCUGGAGGAACAACAUCACCAGGCAAUGCAGUUUACUGCAAACAUACUUCAGCAGAAAAAGCAUGAGGAGGAUGGAGGAACCACCGACACCGCAACCAUAUUAUCUAACCAACAUGAGAAGGACAGUGGCGUGGGACGCACUGAUGAGAGUACUCGAAAUGACGAAAGCUCGGAGCAAGAGAACAAUGCUGAUGAUCACACCACAUCUUCCACCAUCUUAGGGAGUCAGCAGAAGCAAAUGUACAGCCAGGACACCCUGGGAAGCGGAGAUGUGCCAUUCAGCAAUGAAUCCUUUAUCUCAGCCGACUGCCCCGACACUGAUUUCCUGGGGAUCCCAGUGGAAGAGUGUGAGCGGUUCCGGGAGCUCCUGGAAUUAAAAUGUCAAGUGAAGAGCACCAACCCCUACAGCCUCUACUAUCCCAGCGGUGCCCUGGAAAUGAAUAAAAGUGACCAUGAGAGUGUGGACCGCGAGCUGGAGAUGCUGAAUGAGGAACUGCGCACUAUAGAAAUGGAGUGUCUGAAUAUCGUGAGAGCUCACAAAAUGCAGCAGCUCAAAGAGCAGUACAGAGAGUCCUGGAUGCUCCACAACAGCGGGUUCCGCAACUACAACACCAGCAUUGAUGCCCGGAGGCACGAGCUCUCAGACAUCACCGAACUCCCCGAGAAGUCAGAUAAAGACAGCUCGAGCGCGUACAACACAGGCGAGAGCUGUCGGAGCACCCCCCUGACCCUGGAGAUCUCCCCCAAUAACUCACUGCAUCGAAUUGCAGAAAGCAUGGGCUGCCAAGGUAACGAAGGGGCAAUGAGCAGUGGCGCAGCAAGCAAGGCAACCCAGAAGAACCUGCUAGCCAUUACCGAGAGUCAGGACACCGACGAAGUCAAGUAUGGCCCCUCUCCCAAGGAUCUCGACCUUAGCAAGCAGCUGGAAAACAAAGACCGAAAAACCAGUGAUGGAGGCAAAAGUCCCACUCAGGCUCCAAAAUUUGGGGGCUCCUACCUUUCAUCUUACCACAACUCUCCCUAUAAACAUGCUCACAUCCCUGCUCACGCCAAGCAUUACCAGAGCUACAUGCAACUGAUCCAGCAGAAAUCCGCAGUAGAGUAUGCCCAGAGCCAGAUGAGCCUGGUGAGCAUGUGCAAAGACUUGAAUUCCUCCAACCAAUCAGAACCCAGAAUGGAAUGGAAAGUGAAGAUAAGGAGCGAUGGAACCCGCUACAUCACCAAGAGGCCCGUCAGAGACAGGCUGUUGCGAGAACGAGCCCUCAAGAUCAGAGAAGAACGGAGUGGCAUGACAACUGACGAUGACGCCAUCAGUGAAUUGAAGAUGGGCCGUUACUGGAGCAAAGAAGAACGCAAACAGCAUGUAGUGAAGGCCAAGGAGCAAAGGAGAAGGCGUGAGUUCAUGAUGCAGAGCAGGUUGGAUUGUUUGAGAGAGCAGCAAGGGGCAGAAGAAAAGAAGGAAAUGAAUAUCAUUGAACUAAGUCACAAAAAAAUGAUGAAGAAAAGAAACAAGAAAAUCUUUGACAAUUGGAUGACAAUUCAAGAACUACUAACCCAUGGCACAAAGUCGCCCGACGGCAGUAGGGUGUACAAUUCCUUCUUAUCAGUGACCACGGUAUAAUUUCCAUUGCUGCAUUCUGUACAUAAGAACACUACCACUGGAGUAGAGAUUCCCUGCCUCGUUCAAUGUGGCAAGUUUUUGUAUAUAAGAUACAUACCAGGCAUUAUGUUUAUAGUUAAAUCACUGCACUUCAAACCAUGGGUGUCACGGCUCUCUUUUAACUGGAGAAAAUCCACCCUUAAUGUCUUUGAUGGAAUAGUUAACAAGCCAGAGCUUUUGGAAAUGCUGACUGUACUUUUUUUACUUGUUGCCUUUUACAUAGUGCUUAAAUUUCAGAAAUCCUAUUAACCAUUCUUACUCAGAUUUCUUUAACCUAUAUUCAUAUUUGCAGAGUUAUACGUGCUUUCUUCUGCCUAAGACACAAGUGCAACUGCCAGUGUAUUUUUAGGAAUUCCUCUUUUGUAACGUUACUUUGCUGUGUGUAUUUGGUACACGUGGCCACUAGCAAUAUGUAGAACUAAGUUUUGGCUCAGAAUCUUGGAACUCCUUUUGGUCGAGCUGUUGUUCUGUAACUGAAUAUUAACUCACCUAUCCAACCAGCAAUGUUUUUAGACGUGUGAUUCACAUUUAAACGUGUUUCUUUUUAAGGUUUCUAAGGAAGUAUCUAGGUUUAACAGAAAGGGCCUGAAGCAAGAGUAGCCUGCAGCUUUAGAAGAGUUAAAAGCAUGUUUGCAAAUGUUGCAGUCUGUUGAAAGAAUUUGCAUGUUCAAGGAAUUUGUUGAUAUGACAGAUUGUGUAAUUUUAAGUGCUCAUUGUAGUAACUGUUCGCUUUGUAGAUUUGAAUGUACUGAAUUUAAAAAAAAAUCAUGAAAUCAUGAUUAGUUACCAACAUGGAUAAGAUGAGGUAAAAGUAAAUUAUUUUCUAUUUGACAUGUUUUGAAACGAUUCCUCACCAGUCAUUUUCUUGGGUACAUGUUAAA